UAAAGGGAGAAUUGUAGCACAACAGCAUUGGCAUGCUAAGUAAGAAACAGCUGGUGGCUGAGGCGCCAUCGAGAGGGGAAUUAUAGUGAAAGCUCAAUGACUUUUUUUUUUUUACUGUGUUCAGUAUUCCAGUGAUGCUGCAGUGGCGUAAAAAAAUAAAUGUACCUUUAAAAAGGCUGAGCCAAGUGACUGCUGCCGAAGACAAAAGGAGCUGAAUGUACUUUUGCUGAUGAAGAUGAGGGUGCAGCCUGCUGUUUUGUUUUGCUAUGUUACCAGGAUCCACAAGUGAAUUAACCCAUUUACAAAAAUCUUAGCCAUUUUUGUACUAUGGUAUAGGAUUUCAGCUUUACUUGUGGAGAAAACGAAUAUGUAUCUGACUUUCAGUUCUCCGGUUUUUAGCUGUGCUGAUGGAAAUAACACUGCUGACCAAUAACAGUGAAUCUAGUGCUGUGCUAAUGGGCUUUUAUUAUGAAGACUUGCUAACAUCAAUAUGCUAACAUGUGGAAGGUUGUAGUUAGAUUGGUUUUCACAUGAAUUUUUCUAAGAAAGCUAGAGUUACAAGGUGCUUAAACAAACUUCAAAAUUAUGGCUGAAAAAGAGAGGUGAACAGGUUUUAGAUGUACUUGAAAAUAUGAUUGUCGAUGGGUUUAUCCACAUCUCCUGGAAGAUCUGGAGUUUUUGGUCAAUUUUAUUCACACCACUUGGAAGAUUUUGGUUUUUUUGCUCAAUCUUGCAUUUUACAUGUGCUGCCCAAGAUCCCUUCAGUGUCGGAUGGAGAUAAGGAAGGCAAGGGAGCCCAGUAAUAAACGGGUCAGGCCUCUUUCUAGAGUGACAUCACUAGCAAGUUUAAUUCCUCCUGUCCGAGCAACUCCUUUGAAGCGAUUUGGCCAGUCUCUUCAGCGCUCCAUCAGUUUUCGCAGUGACAGUCGGCCUGAUCUUCUUGCUUCACGUCCUUGGACUAGAAAUGUACCUCCUGCUAUCACCAAGCGACGAGACAGUAAACUCUGGAGUGAGACCUUUGAUGUCUGUGUCAAUCAGGUGCUCACAUCCAAAGAAAUCAAGCGUCAAGAGGCUAUUUUUGAACUUUCACAAGGAGAAGAAGAUUUGAUAGAAGACUUGAAAUUAGCAAAGAAGGCUUACCAUGACCCGAUGCUUAAGCUCUCCAUAUUGUCAGAACAAGAACUGAACCAAAUUUUUGGAACACUGGACUCUUUAAUUCCUCUGCAUGAAGACCUUCUCAGGAGACUGAAAGAAAUUAGGAAGCCUGAUGGAUCUACGGAUUCAGUUGGUCAUAUCCUUGUGAGCUGGCUGCCUUGCCUGAAUUCCUACGACAGCUACUGCAGUAACCAGGUAGCUGCCAAAGCAUUACUGGACCAUAAGAAACAGGAUCAUCGAGUACAAGAUUUCCUGCAGCGUUGCCUAGAGUCACCUUUCAGUCGCAAACUGGACCUCUGGAACUUCCUUGACAUCCCAAGAAGCCGUCUGGUGAAAUACCCAUUGCUACUCAGAGAGAUCCUGCGACACACACCAAAUGAUCAUCCAGACCAACAGCACCUUGAAGAAGCUAUUAAUAUUGUCCAAGGCAUAGUGGCAGAAAUCAACAAGAAGACAGGUGAAUCUGAAUGUCAGUAUUAUAAAGAGAGGCUAAUAUAUCUGGAUGAAGGCCAGAAGGACUCCCUCAUAGAUGAGUCACGUGUUGUGUGUUGUCAUGGUGAACUAAAGAACAACAGGGGAGCGAAAUUGCAUGUCUUUCUCUUCCAAGAAGUGCUAGUGAUUACUCGGACAGUUACACAAAAUGAACAGCUCUGUUACCAGUUGUAUCGCCAACCCAUCCCUGUGAAGGAUCUUGUGCUGGAGGAUUUGCAAGAUGGAGAGGUGCGAUUAGGCGGAUCCAUACGUGGUGCAUUUAGCAACAAUGAGAGAAUUAAGAACUUUUUCAGAGUCAGUUUCAAAAAUGGAUCUCAGAGCCAGUCCCAUUCAUUGCAAGCAAACGACACUUUCAACAAACAGCAGUGGCUCAACUGUAUCCGCCAAGCCAAAGAAUCUGUCUUGUGUGCAUCAGGUGAAGGUGGAGGACUUGACUCUGAGGGACCUUUACUAACAUCCUCAAGUAGGAACAGAAUAUCACGUCAAGAGUCAAAACUUGAGCAAAUGGACCAGUCAGACAGUGGGUCUGACUGCAGUAUGGACACCAGCGAAAUCAGCAUUGACUGUGACCACAUGGAACAAACAGACUCUUGGAAGAAUGACCAAGAAUUAGAAAGCAAUGUCUGACAAGAACUUCACAGAGAUCUUCUGUGUUUUACCUGUACAGUAUCUGCAUUCCAUAUAUGGAGUAAGAAGCACUUUUUAAAGUAUUUUUGUGACAAUAUCAACUCAGCCACUAUUAUAUUUGUACCUUUUGACCACAGUACUGUAACUGCCAGUGUGUAAUUUGGAAUGUAAGGCAACUAUAAUCCUGUGAUAUUCUAUAUAUGUCUCAAUGGCUGAGAGAGGUACUUGACCAACUAUUUCAAAUGUCCUGCUGGUAGAUAUAACCUCUAUGCUACUGUUUUAAUGCAUAUUACACCAUAGAUGUGUCUGCUCAUAAAGUGCCCAGUUUUGACCUCUCAUAAAAAAACUGAAUGCAAGAGAUCUAUAAUGUGUUUAAGAAGGUUAUCAAAGCCUGACACUAAACGUAAGUGUUGCAUUACUUGGUGACUUAACAUGCAUCAUCGAGUGACUACUUGCAAGUGUGAGUGAAACAUUACAGGUGGGAUUUCCUUAUCACCUCAGACAUGAUGCUUUUUAAUAGUUUGUUCAAAAGUGUUGAGAUAUCAAACAAUGUACAGGCAUGUGGGAACCAGACUUACAGAGUAAGCUUACAAAGAUAACAGUAUUGCUAUUAGGUCAACAACAAUCUUAAAAUACACAUAGAUCUUGCCUUUAUGAAGAAAUGCAUCUUUAUUGUGGCUGUUUGUGGUGUGCAUUCCCACAGUACACCGAUACAAACUAAACAAUCCUUUGAAAGGAGAUGGCUGGCAGUGCUGAAUCUCCUUGCAGACAAAUAGGUCAUAGUGCAUUUUCUAACCCAUUUGUCUUAAAACCUUAGAAGACUGCUCCAGAAAACAAGUGAAACUGAUAAGUCCCAAUUAAUGACUGACUUUGUUAGAACUGUUGUUUUUAUACGGCCACGCUGAGUCUGCGGCCAGGAAUUGUAUGUGAAAUGGUGCUCUCCAAUAUGAGAUAGUUUUGGGGUUGUUGCUUUUUUAAUUUGCAUUUGCAUUUGAGUAUUUUUAGCUGCACCUAUCAUCGUUCUGAGCUUGGGACAGCUUAUUCAUUGGGCGGGGGAGGGGGAUUAAACUCUCCCCUCCCCCUAGUUGUUCGAAUCAUAACAUCCACCUGCUGUCAUAAUAUGCCAUUUGUAGAUAGGGGCACUAUUUGAUGCCCUCCUCAAGAGCUAGGAUUCCAAACAAAGGCCAGGCAGAUAUUGCAGACAUGUUUAAGACAUUCAGGGAAAAAUUAGAGGUGUGACUCCAUACUAAACAAGCUAUCAAAAUUGUCACUUAUUCACAGUGUUCACAGAAGACCAUGAUAAUUGAGUGCGUUAAUUAUGAAGAUUUUAAUGGGGUUAAUUUAUUGUGAUUAAAAUAAGAAAUUUGAUUUGCAAACUGAAUGUAAAACUCUGGCUCAUAAUCAUUUUUCUAAGAAGAUGCCCAAAGGAAUUUUACAUGAUUGAGAUACGAUGUAUUGGCCUGCAUUCUCAUUUACUCUGGAAGACAACUGUCUGUGUAUCCACUAGUACUCCAAACUCUGACAGCACUGUUACAUCUCAAAAAACAUUAGCCCAUUCUCUAUCUCUUAGUGUGAAGAACAUCUCUGAUUGACUCUCCACCCUUGGUUGAGGAAAUGCUAAUAAAAUUGGUAGUUUUGGGCCAAAUUUUCAUUGAAAGUUUUUAAAACACUGAAAUAUUAUAUUUAAGCUACUUCCUGCUAAUAAUGCCAUGCCUUUAACUUGCAAUUCAAUGCACUGAAAGGUUUUCUCCUACUGUUACUACUUAUUUUCCAUGUGGUAUAGAUUCCGACCUCAGCGCAAGCAGUAAUAUUAAUAAAAGGUUGCCAAAAUGCAUAUUUCAAAUAUUUUACAUGUUUACUGAAAAAGUGGGGAAAUAAAAUCGUGUCAACUUUAA